UAUUGAAGGGAUCAUCGUGCGCUUCGGCGAGAAUCAGCUCGGCUGAGAUCUGCAGCCACACAUUUGCCAGGACCAUUCACAAUAGCGGACGCCUCAAUGGAGGUUGCACGGGCAAGAAGAUGCUGCUCUGCAAGAUUUUGCGUGGAGGAUAGUGGGCUGGCUUAUAAGUUAGCCCCUCGUCCUCACCUCUGCUGGCUCUUUUUCCCGGAUUGUCUGCCUCCCCAAAUCAUCAAUCAUGUCGUCGCCGAUUCCCAAGCCCCCGGGAGUUUUUCUCCUUGGCAAUGUGUUCGAUGUGAAUGCCUCGAAUCCUUGGAAUUCGUUUAAUAAGCUUGCAGCUAAGUAUCGUCCCAUCUGCAAGGUCACUAUCUUUGGCCAGGACAUUGUUCUGGUCACGGGCGCUGCCCUGUUGGAGGAAAUCUGCGACGAGACACGUUUUCGCAAAUGUGUGACUGGCCCCAUCAUCGAAAUCCGCCAAGCAGUCCACUCCAGCUUAUUUACAGCGAAGCAUAACGAAAUGGAGAGUUGGGGAGUCGCGCAUCGGAUUAUGGCACCGCUCGUCUCACGGGAGGCUGUUGAGCAGGUCUUCGCAGAUAUGCGGGAGGUGUCGACGGAUCUGAUCAAGAAAUGGACUGCUGGCCCUCGCCAGCGUGUCAGCGUCACGAAUGAUCUGGACCGCCUCAACCACGCCGCCAACAUGCUCUGCUUCUUUGACCAGCGUCUACAUUGCUUGGAGGGCCCAGAACCAUCUCUCAUCAAAGCCAUGGAAGCUGCCACUACGGAAGCUGUCCGGCGACCCUCCCGACUCAAGAUCCUAAAUUGGCUCGUUUACCAGCGCAAAUUCGCCGCCUACAACAAAGCCCUGCGCGAUUACUCUGCCGGCUGCAUCGAACACCGGCGCGCCAACCCGUCCGCCAAGAAGGACAUGCUAUAUGCUAUCAUGGAGGGCAAAGACCCGCAGACCGGCGAAGGAUUGAAUAAAACGCAGAUGAUUGACGAGAUUAUAAAUGUAUUCAUUGGAAGCGCUACGGCACCCAACCUCGUCAGUUUCGGUCUCUACUACCUCAUGAAGAACCCGCGAGUGAUUGCCCGCGCCCGGGAAGAGAUCGACGCCGUUGUCGGCGGCCCCGGCGCGAAGAUCGAGCACGAGCACAUGGCCGCCCUCCCAUACUGCACUGCCAUCCUCCAAGAAACCAUGCGACUUGCCGCCCCCGCUCCAGGCUUCAACCGGGAACCCAUCCCUUCCGAUGAGGGGCCAGUCCUCCUCGCAGGCGGCGAGUACGAGGUCCCUCGUGAGCAAGCCCUCAUCGCCGUCCUGUAUGGUGUGAACCGUGACCCCGCCGUCUUCGAGGACCCCAAUGCAUUCAAGCCAGAGCGCAUGCUUGGAGAAAAAUACGACCGACUCCCGUCUGCCGUGAAGAAGGGCUUCGGCAACGGCAAGCGCGAGUGCAUCGGAAAGCAGUACGCAUGGGAAUGGGCUCUUUUCACGCUCAUCAGCAUCAUGAAGGACGUGGAGUUUGACCUGGCAGAUAAGGACUAUGUCACCGAUGGUGCCGGUAACAACUACAACGGCGCAUUCACAGUUAAGCCCCUGGACUUUUAUGCAAUCACCGGGCCCCGGCCUCGAGUUGGCUGAGCAUUGACCCAUGCCUCUUUGUUUACUUCCCACAUGCCUAUGAUAUCCAAAAUGUGUGUUUAUUUAUAAUGUAUGAGAUGGCCAACUCAAUGAUCAUAAUGAGGAUUGACGAGACUACAU